AUGGGAAACGAUGACAUUCACAGGGAAGGUGAAGGCUUCAUUGCCUUGUUCGGUUUCUUGACCGUGCUCUUCUCUCAGCAAACUUAUGCACAACAAUUACCACAAGGUCCUGAUCAAGCACCAUUUCCAAACUCCUAUUAUCCAUUUGCUUCUUUGGUAAAUAUUACAUCCGUUCCUCAAGGUUACAAUAUCACCUCUCCACCCAAAUAUCCUUCUCCUUGGAUGGACGGUUCAGGUGAUUGGGGAUGGGCUUACAAAAAAGCAGAAGAAUUCGUUAGCAAGCUAACCAUUCCUGAAAAAGUCAAUCUGACAACAGGUGGUGGAUGGCAAUCAGACAGUUGUGUAGGUCAAACGGGUUCAAUUCCACGUUUAGGAUUCCGUUCACUCUGUUUGCAAGACAGUCCUUUAGGUGUUCGUGAUACAGACUAUAACUCAGUCUUUCCCGCUGGUGGCACUGUUGCCGCUUCUUUCGAUCGUAAUAUUUGGUGGCAACGUGGUCAUGCUAUGGGAUCAGAAUUUCGUGAUAAAGGUGCUGAUGCUCAAUUGGGUCCUGUUGUCGGCCCUCUCGGUCGUUCCCCGGAAGAUCGAAGAAUGUGGGAAGGUUUCUCACCUGAUCCAUGGCUAACAGGUCAAGCAGGCGCUCAAACCAUCUAUGGAAUGCAAAGUGCAGGCGUUAUGGCAACACUUAAACAUUUCAUCCUUAACGAACAAGAACAUUUCCGUCAAUUAGGAGAAGCACAUCAGUUUGGUUAUAAUAUUACCGAAGUUUUGAGCUCAAAUGUGGAUGACACAACAAUGCAUGAACUGUACCUUUGGCCAUUCGCAGAUGCCGUUCGUGCAGGUGUUGCAUCUGUUAUGUGUUCUUAUCAAAGAGUGAACAAUAGUGCAGCCUGUCAAAACAGUUACACUCUCAAUUAUUUGCUCAAGGGUGAACUCGGCUUCCAAGGUUUCGUUAUGAGCGAUUGGCAAGCACAAAAGUCUGGCGUUUCAAGUGCUUUAGCAGGUAUGGAUAUGGCAAUGCCGGGUGAUACUUUGUUCGCUACAGGAAACGCAUUCUACGGUACAAAUUCCACCAUUGCAAUCUUGAACGGAACAUUACCUCAAUGGCGUUUAGAUGAUAUGGCAAUGCGUAUUAUGGCCGCUUAUUAUUACGUUGGACGUGAUAAACAUCAAGUUCCAAUCAACUUUAACUCUUGGACAACUGAUACUGAUGGAUAUAUUCAUUUAAUCUCAAAGACUGGCUAUGGAAAAGUGAAUGAUCAUGUUGAUGUUCGUGGCAAUCAUGGAAAAUUGAUUCGUGACUUUGCUGCUCGUUCUACCGUCUUAUUGAAGAACACGAAUAACACUCUGCCUCUCAAAGCUUGUGACGAAAAGUUCACAGCUGUUUUCGGUAGUGAUGCAGGUAACAACCCUGACGGCCCAAAUGGAUGUAGUGAUCGUGGAUGUGAUCAAGGUACAUUGGGUGAAGGUUGGGGUAGUGGUACAGCAAAUUAUCCCUAUUUGAUCACUCCAUUGGAUGCAAUCUCUAACAAAGUACACGAUGAAGGCAAUGGAAUCAUUCAAGGUAUCACAAAUGAUACCGCCACAUCUCAAAUCUCCGCUUUGGCAAGUCAAGCUUCUGUUGCAAUCGUUUUCGUUAAUUCUGACUCGGGUGAAGGAUAUAUCUCCGUAGAUGGAAAUGAAGGUGAUCGUAACAAUUUGACAUUGUGGCAUAGCGGUGAGGAUUUGAUCAAAACCGUUGCCGCACAAAAUAAUCGUACUAUAGUUGUAAUUCAUUCAGGUGGACCUGUCUUGGUUGAUACGUUCAAAGAUCAUCCAAACGUAACUGCAAUCGUUUGGGCAGGUAUGCCAGGUCAAGAAUCCGGUAAUUCAAUCGUUGAUGUCUUGUAUGGAAAGGUAAACCCAGGUGCAAAAUUACCGUUCACAAUGGGUUCAGAACGACAAGAAUAUACAACGGAUAUAUUGUAUCAACCCAAUAAUGGUGAAUUAUCACCACAAGAUAACUUUGGUGAAGGUAAAUUUAUCGAUUAUCGAGGCUUUGACAGGUACAACAAAACACCCGAGUAUGAAUUCGGUUAUGGAUUAUCGUACACAACCUUUGAAUACUCUAAUUUGCAAGUUGAUUGUCAUCAAAUCGCACAAUACUACCCAACAAAUCGCAAGAGUAAGAAAGCACCUACGAUCGGACGCAAGCCAGGAACGGCAGAAGACUAUCUCUACCCAACAGAAAACUUUGACAGAGUUCAAUUAUACAUUUAUCCUUAUCUCAAUUCGACCGAUUUGAAAGCAUCGGCAGGUAAUGCCGAUUAUGGAGAAAAAUCAGAAGAUUGGUUACCUCCAUUAUCACAAGAUGGUUCACCUUAUGAAUUACCUCCUGCUGGUGGAUCGCCGGGUGGUAAUGCUCAAUUAUGGGAUGUUGCUUAUACGGUGACCGCUCAAGUCAAAAAUACAGGUCAGGUUGAAGGUGAUGAAGUUGCUCAAUUGUAUGUCAGCCUUGGCGGUCCACUUGAUCCACCAAGAGUCUUACGUGGAUUCGAUCGACUCACACUCGCACCCGGAGAAACCAAAACAUUCACAGCCAAUCUAACCAGAAGAGAUGUUAGCAAUUGGGAUCCAGCAUCACAAAAUUGGAUCAUCUCUGAUCAUCAAAAGACAAUUUAUGUUGGCGCUUCAAGUCGUAAAUUACCAUUGCACCAAGAAUUUAGUACUUCAAACAUCGGAGGAGGAGGAGAUGACUCAUCCAAUUAA